AUGGAAUAUAUUGUGUAUUUGGCAGCAGUUUUCAAAAUGGCGGUCUUGUGGAGGAGAUCUCUGCACUUGGAUAAGUCAUAUUUUCUUGUAAGUCUCGUGCAAAAAAGCCUUGUUACGAAGGCAGCUGCAGCGGGAAAUGAAAAGAUAGACAAGAAAAUUCGUCGAAAGGAACAGAGGAAGGAAAUGUAAGUUAUUUGAACAUUGAAAAGCUGAGCAUAUAUUGCCGAUAUUGCCAUUAAGACUGAGUGAGCCGUUGAUUGAUUACCCUUUAUCAGUGUUUACAUCGGAAGACGUUCUAAUAGAAUACAAAGAGGCACCAACCAUGCGCAUUAGUCCUUACUGGUAUACUAUUGGGGGUGUAGUGGGUAGGGGUUGGUACAUGUAUUCACGAUAUUGCACUUAGACUUUUAGCCACCCGCUAAAUUUUGAUCCUGAAGUUGAUGGUUAUUUUUAAAAGAAAUUCGAUAAGCAGUUAUAGAAUAAACUUUCAUUCUUUGUUAAUGCAUCAGUCAAUUCCAGCUGCACCCAGCCACCCCCCGCCCCCGUCCCCCCCAAGGUCACUGCAGGGGCAUUUGCCUACAAACCCUCACUUUGUAAUUAAGGGUAAGUACAGAACCUUUCUUGUGUUAAUGAGUUCAUUUGCUGGAGAAUAAAAAAAUCAUUUUCGUUACAAUGACUUUGCACAGUCUUGGCCUCGCUUUGAAACAGCGGUUUGGGGUAACUCCGAAAUGUCCUGUUGGCCACCAAGUAGAGCCUCAAAAGCUGGCAAUUAGCUUCAAAUUUUGUACAUAUAAUGCAAGUAGAUAAGAAGUCAAUUUUAUUUUACACAGAGUCAAAGGAUACUUUGCUGAUCUCCGUGGUAAGCCAGAAAAUUAAACACACAUAAUAAUAAUAAUAAUAAUAAAGUCUUUAUUCAUCAAAAGAUAAAAAUACAUAUCUUUUGUUACAAGUAAGUGUAAGAAAUUUAAAAAGUUAAAAAGUAAGAAUUAAAAAAUAUAUAUAUAUACCGGUAUAUAUAUCUAGUAUAUUACAUAGCUAAUUCAUAUUUAAAAACUAAACGAUUAAUAAAAGAGUUUUUAAAGCGCAUAGUGUUUAUCUUAGGUUUAAAACAAGUUUCUUUUCUAAGAUUGUAGCUGGAGGGUUUAACACGAGGCAUAAUAGAUAAAAGUGGAUGUCCUUUGGCAUUAAAAACUUUUUUGAAAAUUUUACGGUCUUGCCUCUCUAAGAAAUCAUAAACACUUACAGGCUUAGACGUAUAUUUCCUUUUAAAACAGCGGUCUAAGAAACAUUGUACGGGUGUAAGAUCGGACUCGGACGCGGCGUAGACAGAUAAUGCGUAAUUAAUAUUAGGUAGAACUACAGUAUUAAAGAGAAGGUCUAUUUCUGACUGAUUGUACCCUUCUUUGCGCAGCGUUCUAAGGAUAUGUAGGGAUUUGUUAGCUUUAAUAAGUUUGUUCUUCACGUGCACUGAAAAUUUGCUGUCACAUUGGAAGGUGACGCCCAAAAUCUCAACUUCUUUACAGCUUGGUAUCAUCCCAAUAGGUGAAUAGAGAUCGCGGUUGCCUCUCUUUUUGAUCGUCAACUCUUUACAUUUGCUUGGGUUGCAAGACAUUCCAUUUGUAUUCGUCCAAUCUAAAAACUGUGACACUAACUGAUCGGAGUAGUCUACCUCCUUCCAUACAGGGGCAAUAAUUGUCGAAUCAUCAGCGUACUUAAAUAGCGCGUCAUGAUUACCUAAAGUGAUGUUAAGAUCAUUGAGGAAGAUGUUAAAAAGGUAAGGACCGCUAACGCUACCUUGAGUUGUCCCUUGGUUAACCGGUUUCCAGUCACACUCAAAGUUGUUGCAACAUACCCUUUGUUUUCUAUCCUUUAAAAAGUUGAAGUACCAAUUGGUAAUAUAUGGAUUCAGUGGGAGCUUUUUUAAUUUAUUAGCAAGAAGUUCAUGUUUCACAGAGUCAAAAGCUUUGCUGAAGUCCAUAGCAAAAAGGCGAACUGCUUUACAAUCCGGGUUAUCCAAGUAGCUGUUGGUCCUAUGUUGAAUUGACAAGAGAGCAUCGGUACAGUUUCCACCUUUUCUGUAGGCGAACUGUGAGGUGCUGAGGUGGCUUUCAAUUGUCUCGCGGGCAUAGCAGUGGUACACAAUUUUCUCAAAAGCCCUCGCUAUUACAGGAGUUAUAUUAAUGCCGCGAUAAUCACCAUGUGCUUUAGGAACAUCCACUUUGGGGAGGGGGGUGAUGAUCGCACGCUUCCACGAUGAUGGCAAACACUGAGUAGAGAUUGAGAGAUUCCAGAUUUUGGUGAUAAGAGGCGUGAAAAUCUCUGCAUGCUCUUUCCAAACCCAGUAAGGAAUCUGGUCGGGUCCAGUCGCAGUUCUUUUGAGAGCGCCAAGUAAAUUCCAGACCUGCCGUUCGGAAAUUACCGGGAUCUCCAUCUCACUGCUGAUAGUGACAGGGGUUGGUUCUAUGUACAUAUCAUCUGAGCAGAGCCUAGCGAAGUAAUCAUUCAAGUCCAUCAGACAGCUGUUAUCCAGGUUUACUUUGCAGGAUGCACGACGCCGCUGCGACAAUUCAUCCACUCCUUUCCACCAUGCCCGACUACCUGGAGGGGCAUCCAUAAACUUUCUCCUAUUUUCCGAGAUGAUGUCAGCUAUUCUUUUGUUAACAACGCACAGCCUGUCUUUGCUCAGACGAGAAACUCUAGACUUCGUUCUGAUCAUUGACUUAAGGAGUGGUGUCAUCCAAGGCGGAUCGCGUGACGACAUGGAUACAGUUUUGACCGGCAUACACCUGUCCAUAUGGCCGCGAAUAUUUUCUUCCAAUACGCAAACCGCUUGCUGAACAUCAGGAGCAGCGAGCACAUUAUCCCAGUUUUCCUCCGCCAGCGCGGUGUAAAGUGCGGCUUUACGAUUCUCUCUACAAUCCCGUAUCUGGACUUUACAUCGGAUGGGUUUUAACUUUGUACCAGCAGGGAGAAUAACAGCCGUGUGAUCAUUUGGUUUAUUUCAAAUAUGUGACCCUCCACAGGAUUUUAAUGCUAAAGGUGAAAGCACGUGCACGACACGCUUUCACUUUAAAACAAAAGAAUUUAUUUUAACACGCUUUAGCACUCUUGCAAUCUUCCCUCAUUAGCAAUUUCUUUUGUUUCAGAGGACACGCUUGAGACAAUUAAGCGUGAGCAAGUGGAACAAAAGAGCGUGUUAAAGUUUUCAAACAAAAGCUCCGUGCGAAAAAGCACAACACGCUUUCAGUGUGCGCAAAAGCACGCAAGGCGUGUUAUCUAUAAGCUAAAUAAAUUUCCUCUACAAAAAGGAACCGUAAAUGGUUAUGAACGGCACCCUUUUUUGGUAACUUUCGAGAAAGAAAAAGUUAUACCUCAGCGAUCGCAGCGAUAGUAUCUGAUUGAAAAAACGUUGUCGCUUGAAAAGUAUAAACAGUGAACGGUGUGACCUACUGGAUUGAUGGGUAGAACUAUAUCAGCAUUGCAAAAUCAAAGUUCUUUCCAGAAAUGUUUACUGACGAAGCUGUGAAAAGGUUUUUCUUAACUUUCCUUAAUUUAAAACACAUUUACAAUUUUCUCAGAAACAGUGAUCUUUCGGACUUAAGACACUUUCUUGCCGAUCGCAGCAAUCGCGAUCAAAUAUAAUAGAAAUCAUCAAGUGCCAGGAUCGCUAAAUUGUAUUUAUUUUUUAGCGAUUGCAAGAAUUGUAGUGAUCAAAUGAAAACCAGCCUGUUUUUCUAGAUAUACCAAAAUUCCUUCGCGUAUGAAGUUACGGAGACUGAUUUAGCGCCAUCAGCCGGUAUUACGCCCUACAAUUAUUUAAGUGUCUUAAAUAGUCUGCUACACGGCCCUUUUAGUGUUGUCACGCAACGCCCCUUCCACUGAAAACGGCUGUGUAGCAGACUAUUAUUUAAGCGGCGCGAAAAUAAUUCUUUAUUAUGUCGCGCUAGUUUUCUGCGUCUUUUAAAUGCCUAUUUUGAUGUACGAGUGGAUUUGUCACCCUCCUGAAACUUGGAAAAUUUAGCUUCCAAUUGAAAGUUUUGGGAAAGGGAGAUUUUUAUCGUAUUUUUGGUUCCGAAAAUUUUAGGAUUCCUUAAUUCUCUACGAAAAAUAGGUUAACUGGGGAAUGAAAUGGAAAAAAUUAAACUUCAGAAAAUCGUAAGGAAUUUAUUAGACAACCUUCGAAAAUUGUACAUGCAUGGAACGGUCAUAUAGAAAUGUUUAGCCUUCCUCAACCUAUAGAAAGUUCUAGGCAGUUUUUGUUUCUCCGAUUUAAUUACCUUCGUUCUUCUCAGCAUGGCUUAAAGAAAUAUAUUAAACUAAUUUAUUCAACUUCAUUUCUCUGUGCAUUACUGCUAAUAAAUAUUCCGGUGGCAUAACUAUAAUUUUCAGGCGACAUAACUUCAGUGCCUCGCAUGCGAUAGCAGGCCUCUUUGCUAUUCCGGUCAAUAGCCGACAGCCGGAGGAAUUGGUUUACACUGAUCUCGCGUUUAUUCCAGGCUAGACCACCAUUAAGUCCUGAUUUUCAAAUGGCCACGGUUACUAUCAAAUUCCAAAACAGUCUCAAUUGGUAUAUUUGAUUCACUUCGACCAGUUAUCAAUGCUGAUUAAAUCCGCUGAAAACCCAAGCCAUUUUUAUCAUCUUAGCGGUUUUAGUAAUCAAGCGUGUUCAGCGUGUGUUACCAAAAUUGCCCGCUAACCGUGCUAUGAUUCGCACACUUACCGUGACAUAUGGCACGCUACGAAAAAACAAAAGGUCUAGCGUGUUAAAUUUGCCAAAACAAAGGCAAGUGUGUCCGUCUUUGUUUUUUCAAUUUAAUAUGCGCAUAUCCGUGGUCUACGGCACGUUAAGCGUGUUGUGCAAGCGUGUCGUGCGCGUGCUCUCACCUUUAGCAUCAAAUUCCUGUGGAGGGUCACAUAUGGUCCCACCAUACUUAAAAGUUUAAUCCAGUUUUCAAAACACUUUUAGAUAUACAAAUAAUUAAAUUUGCUGCAUACAGGGGUUUCAAUAAAAAUUGAAGUAGCCAGCAGGCUUGAAUAGAGUUACUAAGUGUAUCAAGAAGGGGCCGUUAGUCCCCUCUUUGUAGGGGGGAGCGGAGGAGGGGCUUCCCGAGAAUAUUUUGAAAUUUCAAGCCGUUAAAAUGUGAUUUUCAGCAUUCUGGGGACUAAACUGAACUGAGGACAAGAAUGCGUGUUUUCCAUUCAAGAUUCAACUUUCGAUUUUUCAGUCACACAAUCAAUUCCUACCAGCAAUGAACAAUGAUGAAAAUUAACUACAGAAUUAUUUACUCUUGCAUGUUAACAGACUCUGCGUAAACUUACAUGUAUAAAGAAACUUGUGAAAAAUUGACUGAAAUGUAGCCGUCACAUGACUAAAGCACAACGUAAGACUAGUGGGCCUUUAUGAAAACACAUCAUAACAGGCUCUUUGCAUGACUUGAUCAUGUGAUCAACUUUCAGUAAACACGAAAACAGUACACUUUUUGAAAAAUUUUGUUAGCACAAGCUGAAAGAGCAUAUUAAAAUUAGUUAACACAAGAAUGUUCAGCCGUAUAUCUCAAAAGUAGCGAUAGCAAUGGUCGCCAAAAGUUAGAAGCAUUUGUAUGAAGAAGAGUUUGUGCUUUGUAUCUUGUUCAAUGUCAAAUUCAAAGAAGUGAUAGACUAACAUUUGCCACACAAUGACCCUGAAUGGUCACUGACAUCAUGACGUGUAUUUGUCUUUCAAUCAAUAAAAUUAUGACCUAAAUAAACUACUUUCUUAUGAAACUCAUUAGCUUCAAUGAGCUAUAUUUCUUUGUUAAGAAUUUCGGAAGGAUGGUGGCAAAAGAUUCUUUGCUCUUGGAACACCCAGUGAACCUAAGGUAAGAUGAUUGAACAUGGACUAUGCAGUGAUCAUAAUGAACUGGUGCUGUAACAUACUUGACACUUUAGGCCCCAAUAUGCACAUACAAAUUCUCCAGACUGAUCUCUAUACAUUUUCUUAAAGACUUAGUUGAGAGAAUUUAAUAAAAGAUCAAGAGAAUGUGUUUCUAUUUUGGGGGAGAAUUUUUAGUAAUUCUCGUCACCUUUUUACUUAAUUGUGCAGUGAUAUUUUGGGGGAAAAUUGAUGUUGAUCACUCUUGGGUCAACAAAAAUUUAAAAAUUAAGUUGGUUGCAUAGAAUGGUAAGAUUUCUGUUUUCACUUCAUUUUAUUACAGGAUUCAUCUCCUUUUCCUGAACUUAAAGCUAGAAACUUAGCAAAGAAAGAAGUUGAUUUGCAGAAAGUUUUUCAUGGCAAGGUUACCUUGGUGUUAUUCUGGUUCAGAGCAUUCGGUGAGGUAUGGUUGAUGUGCUAUGAAAUGCACUGUACUUCGUAAUCAAGGUUUCCCUAUUUACAGAUUUGGCAGCAGUGAUUUAUCUAUUUACAGUGAUUUAUUUAUUUACAUGUAGGCAAAGUUAAGAAAUUGUCACUAUUUAUUUUUCAAAAAAGGGCUUAUAUUUUUCAAAAGGGGCUUAUUUUUGGAAGGGUUGUCUAUGGGAGGGAAAUUUGCAUUUCAAAAUCGAGUUAUAUAACAUUUUGUUUGUUUUGUUUUGUAUUUGAGGGCUAGAGAUGUUUCCUGAAAUAAGGACAUUUUUUCGAUGACACACCAUGAUACAACAAAACUGCUUAACAUGCAAACUGAUCAGGGCCAAGUUCCAAGAAAAUUGAGAAACUGAUUAACCAUAACACCAGAUUAACACUAGUCACUUUGUUGUUUUCUUGUACAAAUGAGAGCUAUUGUUUUUUAAACCUCAGCAGGAUUGGCAAAUUUGACUAAACAUCCCUUUAUGUUUUCAGGCUAUGUGUGAUAAGUAUAGACUUCCAUUUGUGGAAAAAUUUCACGAAGAACCUCUCGCCCAACUUUAUGAGGUACUUGUUUAUGUUUGAGGGACGAGUUUUAUAUUGACAGCAAUGCAAUAAAAAAAACAUCAGAUCAAAUUUUGGCGUGACUGGGAUUCAAACCCUGGUGCAAAUGAAGGCUGAAAGCUGAUGCAAUAUUCAAUCCUGUAGGGCUUGUGUAAACUUGAAUGUGCAGGAAGAACGAUCAGCUAUUACUUUUUGAGCAUUUGCUGCACAGAAUGACAGUAGUUUUAUCAAAAGUAUGAUAUGAGGUCAACUUUCAUUAUUGGGGAUAUCUUUAAGGACAGUGAGUUAGUGACACAUGAAAUAGCGGAAGAAAAAUGUCUGUAAAUUACUUUUGCUGGGGAUUUAGCUGCUAUCACUAUCAUCUUUGUGUGUGCAAUAAUGAAGUGUACAUAAGGCGGGAAUUGACGGUGGUAGGUUGAAGAAACUGUCUGAAACUGUAAAAGCACAGAUAAACAAAGAAAUAAAGAUUUAGAGGUAGCACUUCCACUUUGCAGUUCUUUGUGUACCUGAUUCCUGGUUGAGUUGGAAUUUGGAAAUGUUGGUUUUUGGUGAGAGGGGAAAACCAGAGUACUUGCUAGUGGAGAAAAACCACUCGGAGCAAAGGAAAGGAAAAACAACAAAAUCAACCCACUUUAAUUUUAUGGCGUUGAUGCUGGGAUUUGAACCCUGGGCCACAUGGGUACAUUUAGGAGGCUAGUGCUCUUACUACUGCCCCGCCCUUGCUCCUCACCUCUGGUAUAAGGAAAAGCAAGACAGAGAUUUUCUCAUGCUCUGAGAUUUUCAUUUUUAAUUGUUUGCAGAUAAAUGUCGUGGACGGACUGUUCUUCAAACCAUUUAGUAGAUUUCUUGAAAAGAAUUUAAGGAAACAAAGAGCGUCAGAGAGACAUGUAAGUUUAUAGAGUGUGUAUGAAUUAAACGUGUAUAAUCUUUAUAAACUUCUUUCAGAACCGAAGAGCUACGUUGUGGUUUACAUGGUAGUUCUUACUGCCACAGGGGGCACGGCGGCUUUAGUAGUGAUCUUGCAUGAAAAUGAUUUACUUGAAAACUGGGCGCAAAUGUGCCUUAACACAGCACUCCGCCAGUAUACAUAAUUUAUAAGCUGAGUGACACAAAAACUUGAUUGCUUUGUAAAUAUCUGCCUGUGUAACGAUCAGUGUACAGCAAAAACGCUCUAUGAACGCGAUGAACCGCCAUAUGAAGCCCAGCAGUGAUAGUGACCAUAAAAAUUAUAGGCUACCGGUACAUUUUUAAAAAUUCGUCACGAGGGUAUGUUGUUAAAUGCGCAUGGGCUAUCAAGCCUUUUUAAAAUCGGUAGACAGAUUUUGUUUAACAUGGGCGGUUUCGGGGGGAAUUUCAGGCGUUGUUGAGUUAUUAAAUGAUAGUUGUUAUAUUGUAUUUUUAGGAUACCUUUCUUUGCUUUAGUGGUAACACAAAACCAAUCAAAGAAAAAUUUCUGGAGAACACAAUUGUUGGACAUGCAUUGUUAGUGGAUUGUAACGGGCUUGUUAGAUGGAGAGCACACGCUAACCCUACAGAUGAAGAAAUCAAGUUUAUGCUGAACUGUACAAAAAUACUCCUGAAAGAUGCACAACGGGCUCCUAAGAAUAAUAGGACAAUGCCUGACCACAGAUAAUAAACACAAAACGCGUUUUAUACAAAUUGUGGUCUUUUAUUUAAUUUCUCCAUCUGCAGCAAAACGAUCGUUGUUUUCCGGAAUUAACAGCUGUGGGUUUGUCUGCUUGUUUUGUAGUAAGUGGUUCUUUGG